AUGUCCUCCAGUAUCUUUGAAAUGACAAUAGAUCAUGAUGGUAUGGAUAGCGGGGUGUUGAAGCUUUCACAAACAGCCUCAUCCGUAUCUAUGGGCGAGGAGUUUCUCUGUUCUAGCAAUACUAGUACUUCUAUUCUGGAUUCUCCGCUUCCGAAAGUGACUUUUAACCAUAUCGAUAGUAUAACGGACAUUGACACAAACGUCAUGAAUGAAAUAGUGCGGCCACGAUCUGAAGUGGAUGUUGAUAUGGUCGAUAAUAAUAUGCUUUACUGCAUAGAUCCGUACCCUGUACAACCUCCGUGCUAUGAAUCCGCAAAUCCGUCUAAAGUCAUCAGGUACCCUAUAUAUGAGCAUUGUCGUCCGUGCCUCACUUCUGUGAAGCCCCCAAGUUAUACGCCGUCUGUAGAACACUACACUGUGGUGUCUAUGAAGAUGGAGAAGUUAUCGCCCUUUGAAAAUGCUACUUCCCGAUUAUGGAACAACUUUAUCCUUCAAAUAAACUCUACGCAGAUAAAUUUUUUCUUUAUCGAUGAGUCAUUAACCAAACAUAUUAAGAACUAUCGUGGUGGCGAUAUAUUUGACCCUUCUCAUCAUUCCAAAAAUGCCAGCGAUCGUCAUCAUUCAGCUCGGUCAUUGUUGAAUGCGUUCACUACAAAAACCACUUACCAAUUCGAUAAAUAUGAUAAGGAAAGAAUAUGCGGGGAAAUAGCACAAAAUGAGCGGAGAUUCCUAUCAAAUGAGCGCCUCUCCAAGAGUUACUCCCUGCAAUGUGCAAAAGUUGGUCUGCCCAUAGACUAUUCCUCUAGAGAUUUUGUUUUAAGAAUGCGCUGUGAGGGACAGCAGUUUUUAAUACAGUUUUCUCAUGUUGACGAAUUGAUCUAUUGGGCUAUGUAUUUGAACAUGGGUAUAUCACUGUCCUUAGAUCUGGAACUGAGGGAAAUGCCCACCUAUAGAAGCGUUCCCAGAAGAAGACAUCCGAGAACAAGAAGACUUAAGCAACACAAUAAGAACAAAAAUAAGGGCAAGGGUAAGCAAAGCAGUGAUAGAAACGAUUCACAACCGCACUCUUUACUUUUAAGAAGAUCACACACCUCUUCUGUUGUAACAAAAGUUGCUACCGCCAAAGAACGUCCAACAAACAAAUCCAGAUCAAGAAGUUUAAGCUUGCUGCAUCCCCCUGUGUCUGAUGAGAGUUGUGAUACAGACGGGCCUACUAACUCUGGUUCGUUGGCACGGGAAAGUUCUCAAGGUGAAUUAUGUGGCUUAUUUACAUCGAAACUAAGGAACUUUUUCAAAACAGAUUCUAGUUCGAGAAAAAACUCUAAUAUGAACAUUGGGCAAAAAAGGAGAUCGAGCGAAUUGAAUAGCGUUCAAGAAGAGAUCGAUGACAACGGUGAUACUACUAAUACCAAUACAUCUGCACUGUCCCCAACUUUUUCACCUGUAGCACAUUCUGUCUUUACGUUACAAUCAUCCAUUCAUGAAAAUUUCAGGAGCAGGUCAAGUUCAAACCCCAUGGAUCCUUUGCAUUGUGAUCGAUCAGUUCUGAAAACCAAGAUUCCUGAACCGCAGUAUGAGGGCCCGCGAAGGUCAUCUGUUUCGAAUUUUUCUGAGCGUACGAUUCGUGAAGAAGAGUUAAAUAAUGGCGGUGAAGAUGAAGAUGAUGACGAAGAAGAUGUGAAUUACGAAGAGGAUGACGAAGAUGGAUACGUCGAGGAUGAUGACAUCAAUAGGCUGAUGUAUUUGGAUGAAAGACAAUCCCAUUAUGAGAACGCGAAUGUUCAGUAUGGAACGAUAUUCAGUACAAGAAACUUUUCCGUGGCUAAUUGUAUGAAUCAUGAUUUUCCAAAGAGAUUAUCACUAAAAUGUGGUAUUAAAAGGGGGUUCAGUGACGACUCGAAGUGGGCACCAGCAGCACAACUAGUUUCAAGGAAAAGAUAUAUUAAAGACUCAUUAAGAUGUAUCAAACCGUUAACAGAAGACCACCCAUGGGUAGGAAAGAUUAUAUUCAAACCAGCGCUGCCACCAACAUUCGAGACGAAUAAUCCACCUAUAAGAACCUGUGGCGGUGAAAGCAGUACGGACUUAAUGCUAGUGAAAAACCAUUAUUUAAAACCGUACAUAGUGGGAUCGUGCGGGUUUUUAAAAACCGGUUUAAAACUUUUUCACUCUUACGGUAAAACUAACGAACUUACGAAUUUAUGA